UCAUUCCGCGCUUGACCAGGGUGCGCGCCUCUCCGCUCCCGAACGACCAGUGUGGAGACUCCCUGAACCCUCGCCGCUGCACUCCUGGUACAGACUUUGUCAACGGUGAACGUUUUGAUCGCAUCUACUAUCCUCUACGGCAGUGCAAUGUUCCCGGAUAUGACUGGAACGACUCGAUUCCUUUUGAGCUUGGCACUGCUCGCCUCGACAGAAGCUUUCUUCUUAAAAUGGGGUUCGGACACAUCCAGACAGCCGGUGUCGUCCAAAUGGGUUCAGACUUUAGGGCCUAAUAUGUCUCCCGCCUAUCGGUAUCAAUACUACUCGCCGUACGAGCAGCCGCGCAAGAUGUACCAGGUGGCCCCGCAGCCGUACCAGGCCGAGCUACCGCUGCACGCGCCGCCCAGCAUGGCGCCCAUCCCCAUCAGCAUCCCGGCCGGCGCCAGCCUCACCCCCGUCUCCCUCCAGCACGUGCAGUUGGUUCCGUGCAUGUGCCCCGUCGCCCCCGAGGAAGCAGACAAACUAAAGGAACAAGUCGGCCCUGGACCAUACUUGGCUCAAACCUACGCCCCACAGUCUCAUUCCGUCCCACAACAAAUGACUGUGGCCGCCGCAGACAAUACUAAAAUCUCAUCCAACCAAUAAGUCUUUCCACCUCAAUCUGUAAUCACUAUUGCGGCGCAAUCGAGUCUAUUAUAGUGCCUAAUCGUUGUAUCGCGGUGAUGUAUCUCCAGUGUUAAUACGUUCAGGUGUUAAUCGUUGCGGUGCGGCGCCGGUGGAUCAAAUGGGCAUUUCAAUAUUUUUAAGAAUCCCACCAAAUAAUUUAGUGUUUUUUUUUACCUAAUUUAUUUUUAUUUAUAUUUUCAUGCGAAGACUGAUAGAGUAAGUGAGACACGUAUUAUGUUCUUUUUUGAAUAAAGUAAUAUAGAAUA